AUGUAUUCUAUUAUUACUUUUGAAGAGUUCAUUUCAAUUGCAUUGGAUGCCCCGAGAGUUGUUGGAAUAUAUCCAGAGAUUAAAAAUCCAGUAUUCAUCAAUCAACGCGUAAAAUGGUCAGGCGGUAAGAAAUAUGAGGACAAGUUUGUGGAGACACUCAAGAAAUAUGGAUACAGAGGUUCUUAUAUGUCGAAGGAGUGGUUGAAACAGCCUGCUUUUAUUCAGUCGUUCGCCCCUACAUCUCUUAUCUACAUAUCAAACCAAACAAACAUACCCAAGGUUUUCCUAAUUGACGAUGUUAAUAUCCCAACCCAGGACACAAAUCAGUCGUAUCAGGAGAUAACAUCAGACAAAUAUCUUGACUUCAUCAAGGAAUAUGUUGUGGGGAUUGGACCUUGGAAAGAUAACUUGGUUCCUGUAUUGGGAAAUUAUUUAGAAACGCCUUCAGAUCUUGUGGCAAGAGCACAUGUUCAUAACCUUCAGGUGCAUCCAUACACUUUCCGGAAUGAGAACCAGUUCUUACACCUCAACUUCAGCGUAGAUCCAUAUAAAGAAUAUGAUUACUGGAUAAACAAAGUCGGGGUUGAUGGUCUUUUUACAGACUUCGCAGGCAGCCUUCACCAGUUUCAAGAAUGGACUAACCCAUUGUCAUCUGGAGAAGAAGAUGCACACAAACUACUUGACAAAAUCGCAUCAAUGAUUUCAAAGUUCAAACACGCUUAG